CUAGGCACAUUCAAGUCUGAUGAUGGGGACUAUUUCGUCGAGCCACUGCUAUCGCUUGAGGAACAGGAGUAUGAAGAAGAGCACAAUAAGCCACAUCUAGUCUACCGACACCGGACGCCUCCCACGAACUCUUCAGGGGACAGGCAGACUUGUGAUACCCCAGAUCAUGAACACAGUCACAAAAAGAACAAAUGGAAACACUGGAAAAGACAGUGGGCAGAAAGCAGCAUAUUGUCUGACAUGGAGAUGUUGAAACACAGCCUGGAAGUGAAUUCGUUUUCUGCAGAUAGCAACAAGACUGGGAACAUCAGUGAGAAGAAGAGCCACAAACGAACAAAGCGGUUUCUCUCCUACCCUCGGUUUGUGGAAGUGAUGGUGGUGGCUGACAGCAGGAUGGUUGCCUACCAUGGAGCUAAUCUACAGCACUAUGUCUUAACACUGAUGUCAAUAGUGGCUUCUAUCUACAAAGAUCCAAGCAUUGGAAAUUUAAUUAAUAUUGUUAUUGUGAAAUUGGUUGUGAUACAUAAUGAACAGGAUGGUCCUGCAAUAUCUUACAAUGCCCAGACAACAUUAAAAAACUUUUGCCAGUGGCAGCAAUCCCAGAACCACCCUGAAGGAAGUCACCUUCAACACGAUACAGCUGUGCUUGUUACCAGGCAGGAUAUUUGUAGAGCGCACGACAAAUGUGAUACUCUGGGUCUGGCAGAGCUGGGCACAGUCUGUGACCCAUACAGGAGCUGUUCAAUUAGCGAAGAUAACGGACUGAGCACUGCUUUCACUAUAGCACAUGAACUUGGCCAUGUAUUUAACAUGCCACACGAUGACAAUCAUAAGUGCAAAGAAGAUGGAGGUAAAAAUCAACAGCAUGUCAUGGCACCGACAUUGAACUUCUACACCAAUCCCUGGAUGUGGUCAAAAUGCAGCAGGAAAUACAUCACUGAAUUUCUGGACACUGGUUAUGGGGAGUGCUUGCUUGAUGAACCUUCAUCAAGAACUUACACGUUGCCUCAGCAGCUCCCGGGGCUGAUUUAUGACGUCAACAAACAAUGUGAGUUAAUUUUUGGACCCGGAUCUCAAGUGUGCCCGUAUAUGAUGCAGUGUCGGCGACUUUGGUGCAUUAACAUCGACGGGGCGCACAAGGGAUGUCGUACUCAGCACACACCUUGGGCUGAUGGCACAGAAUGUGAGCCUGGAAAGCACUGCCGGUUCGGGAUGUGCGUGCCCAAGGAGCGAGAGGCGCCGGUGGUGGAUGGAGCCUGGGGGACCUGGAGCCCUUUUGGGACCUGCUCGAGAACCUGUGGCGGCGGCAUAAAGACGGCGAUUCGGGAGUGCAACAGGCCCGAGCCUAAAAACGGCGGCAAGUACUGCGUGGGUCGUCGCAUGAAGUUUAAAUCCUGCAACACGGAGCCGUGCUCGAAGCUGAAGAAGGAUUUCCGGGACGAGCAGUGCGCCGACUUCGACGGGAAGCACUUCAACAUCAACGGGCUGCCCACCAACGUGCGCUGGGUGCCCAAGUACAGCGGCAUCCUGAUGAAGGAUCGGUGCAAGCUGUUCUGCCGCGUGGCGGGGAACACGGCCUACUACCAGCUGCGGGAUCGCGUCGUCGACGGCACGCCCUGCGGCCCCGACACCAAUGACAUCUGCGUGCAGGGCCUCUGCCGGCAAGCUGGAUGCGAUCACGUGCUGAAUUCAAAAGCAAGAAGAGAUAAAUGUGGUGUGUGUGGUGGGGAUAAUUCUUCAUGCAAAACUGUUGCAGGCACAUUUAACACAGUGCAUUAUGGCUAUAACGUUGUGGUCCGCAUCCCAGCUGGUGCAACUAAUAUUGAUGUGCGUCAGCACAGUUACUCAGGGAAACCAGAGGAUGACAACUACCUGGCCUUAUCUAACAGUCAAGGAGACUUUAUAUUAAAUGGAGACUUUGUCGUCAGUAUGUUUAAAAGGGAAAUCAAAGUUGGGAAUGCUGUGAUCGAAUACAGCGGAUCGGAUAAUACUAUUGAAAGGAUUAAUUCUACUGAUCGGAUUGAGCAAGAAAUAACACUUCAGGUUUUAUCAGUGGGCAAUUUGUACAAUCCUGAUGUUCGUUACACGUUUAAUAUCCCUAUUGAGGACAAACCUCAGCAGUUUUACUGGAACUCGUAUGGCCCGUGGCAGCCCUGCAGUAAGCUCUGCCAAGGGGAGCGGAGGAGGAAGCCCGUGUGUACGCGGGAGUCGGACCAGCUCACCGUGUCGGACCAGCGCUGCGACCGGAUUCCCCAGCCCGACCCCAUCACUGAGCCUUGCAGCACAGAGUGUGAAUUAAGGUGGCACAUCGCGAGGAAGAGCGAGUGCACGGCCCAGUGCGGGCUGGGGUACCGCACCCUGGAGAUCUACUGCUCCAAGUACAGCAGGCUGGAGGGGAAGAUAGAGAAGGUGGACGAGCGGUUCUGCAGCAGCCAGCCCAAGCCCAGCACGAGGGAGAAGUGCACUGGAGACUGCAACGUGGGAGGGUGGCGGUACUCGGCCUGGACAGAGUGCUCCAAGAGCUGUGGUGGGGGCACGCGGCGGCGGCGAGCCAUGUGUGUCAACACCUACAACGAUGUCCUGGAUGACAGCAAGUGCAGCCAGCAGGAGAAGCUGACAGUGCAGCGCUGCAGCGACUUCUCCUGCCCCCAGUGGAAAACGGGCGAGUGGUCCGAGUGCUUGGUCACCUGUGGAAAAGGCCACAAGCACCGCCAGACCUGGUGCCAGUUUGGAGAAGAUCGGUUAAAUGACAGGUUUUGCGAUCCCGAGAAGAAGCCGGAGUCGGUGCAGACGUGCCAGCAGCAGGAGUGUGCUUCGUGGCAAGUGGGGCCCUGGGGCCAGUGCACGAUGACCUGUGGCCAAGGCUACCAAAUGAGAGCAGUGAAGUGUGUUGUGGGCACCUACGUGUCGGUGGUGGAUGAUAAUGAGUGCAAUGCUGCAACCAGGCCAACAGAUACCCAGGACUGUGAAAUAGCAGCAUGUCCUCCGCAUCCAAAUAGUCCCGAAGCGAAGAGAUCCACAUCAGGCAUUCACAGGACACAGUGGAGAUUUGGAUCCUGGACACCGUGCUCCGCGACGUGCGGGAAGGGGACCCGGAUGAGAUACGUCAGCUGCCGGGAUGACCAGGGCUCGGUGGCCGACGAGUCAGCCUGUUUCCACCUCCCAAAGCCAUCAGCCACAGAAAUGUGCACCGUGACACCGUGCGGGCAGUGGAAGGCCUUGGAGUGGAGCUCUUGCUCGGUGACUUGUGGUCAAGGUAAGGCAACGCGACAAGUGGUCUGCAUCAAUUACAGUGACCAGCUGGUGGAUAGGAGUGAGUGUGAUCCAGAGGACCUCCCUGCCACCGAGCAAGACUGCUCCAUGUCUCCUUGUCAUCCAAACAGCCAUGACUACGGCAGGCCCAUCCACCCUUUCCUCUAUCCGGAUCAUCGCCUGAAACUGCACCCUGGAGGCAGCCCGAACCGAAACCGUGCUCAUAUACCAGGAGGCAAUCAGUGGAGGAUUGGCCCCUGGGGUGCUUGCUCUAGCACGUGUGCAGGAGGGUUCCAGCGGCGGGUGGUGGUGUGCCAGGAUGAGAACGGGUACACCGCGAGUAACUGCGACGAGAAAAGCAAACCCGUGGAGCAGAGAUCGUGUGAAUCUGGCCCCUGUCCUCAGUGGGCCUAUGGCAACUGGGGGGAGUGCACGAAGCCAUGCGGGGCAGGGACAAGAACACGGCUGGUGGUGUGCCAGCGCCCCAACGGAGAAAGGUUUACGGAUCUGAGCUGUGAAAUCCUGGACAAGCCACCCGACAGAGAGCAGUGCAAUGUGCAGGACUGUCCUAGAGAUGCUGCCUGGAGCGCUGGUCCUUGGAGCUCGUGUUCUGUCUCCUGUGGAAGGGGCCAAAAGCACCGCAAUGUGUACUGUUUGUCAAAGGAAGGGAGGCAUGUAGAAGAAGAUUAUUGCAAGCACCUUGCUAAGCCCAACAUGCAAAAGAAAUGCAGAGGGGGCAGAUGUCCGAAGUGGAAAGCAGGAGAUUGGGGACAG